GGCUCCGCUCCCCGGGCAGGUCUAAAUUUCGCCGCGGAUACAAUAUUUGGAUGUCUCCAACCCAGGAUCUCAGUGGCAGGCGCUGGCUUAAUGGACGAGGUCAGAGUGUUUUUGGAAAUCAGGCAGACGACGCAGAGCGGGCUGCUGAUUAUCCGCCCCCUUUGCGCUGAUCAGCUGACUGGGGAACAGCAGAGAGUGGUUAAAAGGAUGCUGGACUGCAGGAAAAGGCACUACUCUGCAGAAAGCCAACUAAAGCCAGAAUGCUGGCCCAUGGAUAUCACCUUGAUGCCAUCAUCGGUAGAGCUAAAAAAUGAUGAACACUGCAAGACCAUCAACCUUCCACCAGAGGUCAGGAUUGUUCCUUCUUCCUGUCGAGGACUGCAGUAUGUGCUUGGGGAUGGCUUACAUAUGAGACUGCUAGUUCAAGCAGGUUUCAAUAAUACAAAACUGGUACCAGCUCUGGGUGACAUCCUUAAAACCAAAAAGAAUUGUACCUUUUACUGCCAGUCUUGCCGCGAGGGUGUAAUAAACAACCGGACGUUUAUCAGAGUUCUUUCCCUUCCCGGUGAGAACUGGGGUGAUUUGGUGGAGGAAUGGUGUUGUCAUCCCAACCCCUUCAACGACAGCAUGCUUCGGCCACAAAAUGGAGACUGUUUCCUUGGGCAUAAUUAUUUCCUGAUUAGUUCAGGAACUGGGCCAAGUUCUGAAAUCCCUCAUUCAGAAUCCCUGGGUGCUACUUCUAGAAGCAGUGGCUCUGUCUUGAAUUCAAAGGCAAAUAGAAGAGUAAUUUGCAGACGCUGCAAGACAUUGUUGGGAGAGGUACACUCCUCAGGUGCCACAAAAUACUAUUUCACUGAACUGUUUGUUCAGCCAUCUGAAGAAGGUUUUGACAUGGUACCAAGGUCUCCCUUUAUACAAAGUGUUGUUGCCCAGUGCCUUGAAGAGCUUUCUUUGGCUAGAAGCACAUUUAGGUUCAGCAUACAAGGAACUGAUGGGAAAAUCUACAUCUUGAUGUGGCUACUAAAUUCUGACACGCUGCUGGUGGAAUCUUCAGGGACACUGGCCUGCAGUAAUAUUUUUACAGUGUUUGAACAUGAUAUGUCGUCUGAUUUGAGGCCGUUAAAGAUUCAGAAGGCUAUCAAAGUCCUUUACCAUCCCUGUGUGAAAAGCAGAAAUAAGGACCUAGUUGAUUCAUGGGGAAGUGAUAUGGGAGUACAUUCUCUAACAUUUCCAUCAAAAACCUGCUUGGAAUUGCUGCUGAUACUGUCUCAGAGUAAUGCUUCGCUGCCACCUUCCCUUCGCUGGAUGAAUGCUUUCCAGGUCGCAUUUUUGAAUAUGUGAACGAACCUGGUCCUUUUGAAAAUAAAUUCUUGUCGAGAUAACCUUCAGCUACAAAGAACUGUGGAUCCUAGUUACCAAGUGGGGACGUUUUCUUCUGAAAGCGACUGUGAAGUUCCUAAGCCAAAGGAAGAAAAGCAGUUAAUUGUAUAUUUAACUUGCUGUUUGUUGACUUUGGAGUUUUCAGAAGUUCAAAGAAUGUGAUGGAGGCAAAGUUGGUCAAGCAGAGAGGCCAAUUUUUGCAAGGCUUGAGUUCAGAGAGCAGCUUAAUUUGGGAUGUCUGGAGUCUUUGAGAUCGCUUGUGAACAACUACGGUACUAAUUCUCCAAGGAGAAGUCAAUUAUCUUCUGCAGCAACUGAAGCUUUAAAAAAUAAAUAAAUAAAUAAAUAAAGGAGCUGACAGUGGCUAACUUGCCCUUCUGGGAAACAAAAUCUUCAGAGCUUUGUGAGCCCUUGACCUAAUGGAAUGGGAGUGGGAAAGGGAGUGACAGAGGGUGGGGGAAGAAGGUUUGCCUGCCCACUAUUUGUGGCUCAGAUUCUCCUCAAGGGAAUCUCACCCUCAGUAGAAAAAUGGUUUUCAACCCCUGCUUUUAUGUAAACAAUCUGUGUAAACCAUGAACCCUGAUUGCAAAGAAAAGCCUAAAAGUUUUUAGAUUUAACAGCAGAUUAUUCCAAGGUAACGUUGGUUAAGGAAUCCUUACAUGUAUUCACACCACUUGAUUUCUCCCAGAUAGAUGUGUGAGCUGUCUGCAUUUUUAAAAAGCAUUGAGUCUUGAGAUGAUACUGAAGUGAUGGAGCCGAGACAGUGUGUCAUGUGCAGGAGCAACAGCAAAUGUUCAGUGUGCUGGGUUGCAGAAGGCAUCAGCGGGACUUAAGUUACUCACAGAACCAUACUUGCUGCAAAGAGAGGCUAGCACACCACGGGGUUGCUGUGUGAUGUAUUGGAGACCACCAUAUUAAUAAGUCAGAGUGCCCAAACUACCUAAGUUUGUUUGCAAAUUUGAAUGGUUUUCUCCCUUUCAGCUGAAUAGGAACACAAGGCCAUGUCUGUAGAAGGGUUGCAAUGUGUUUUGUGCCUUGAAAGCGCAAGGUAUAAUGUAUUACAGAGCACUCCAGUGCACUUCCUGAAGGCAAGCAGACUCCCCCCCCCCCAGGAGCAGCACCGUAUCAGGGGUUGUGCUGCAUGGCUUCUAUGUCUCAGUUGUACAUGGGUCCAACUGUAGUGUGGAAUGCAUGACUGAUUGCUCAUGAAAGCAGUGUGUAAUUGACCCUUGUAAAAGUUCCAGUACACAUAGAGAGAUGAAAAUCAGUGUGCAUCCUGAUCAUCAACAAAGUUACCAAUAAUCCACCUAUUGUCAGCAACAAGAAACAUCGUAGCCAGGCACUGGAGGGACCUGUCAGGGGUAAGCAUGGACCAAUGGUACCAAGUUGUAUGGGAAACGGCCCUACUAGAAAAACUAACCAGUAAGCUGAAACUGACACGGGGACAAACAAAAGAAGACACCUUCACCCCAGUAUGGUUGCCUUCAUCACUUAUACAGCCCAACAAGACAACGACAAAAACUUACUGUCAGCAUACAAAUCAAUAUGGCUAAUACUGUCAGCAUACAAAUCAAUAUGGCUAACCUAAUCAAAACAUCCUCCCUCCCCACUCACACGAGAAAAUAAAGAUAAUCACAGCCAACCACAAAUGAGCAAUCACAUCUUAAGACAAAUCCCGACCUCUCUCACCAACAGAGAAGCACGAACAAACAACAGAGAACCUGCACAAACAACGCUGACGCCGAACCCCUACACAUAUCACGAAAGACAGGAACAUUGGCAAUCCACCACACCCAACUCCCCAUCCCACCCACCUCUUUCCCCCCUUCCUCCUAAUGUCUCAACAAGUAAAAUUGAUGUGUAAAAAUGAUGCAUGAGACACUGCACUACCUUUGUAA